AUGUCGCACUCAACUACAGUCAAGUGGUACCCAUGCACCAAGUCGCACCCAACUCCAGUGAAGUCGUACCCAUGCACCAAGUCGCAACCAACCCCAGUCAAGUGGUACCCAUGCACCAAGUCACACCCAACUCCAAUCAAGUGGUACCCAUACACCAAGUCGCACUCAACUACAGUCAAGUGGUACCCAUGCACCAAGUCGCACCCAACUCCAAUCAGGUGGUACCCAUACACCAAGUCGCGCCCAACUCCAGUCAAGUCGUACCCAUGCACCAAGUCGCACCCAACUACAGUCAAGUGGUACCCAUGCACCAAGUCGCAACCAACUCCUGUCAAGUGGUACCCGUACACCAAGUCGCACCCAACUCCUGUCAAGUGGUACCCAUAA